UACUAACGGUACCGAAUAUUAGUAACAUUGUGUAUUGUAUAAUCUUUGCUUGGUAGCUGGUAGCGCAUUGCGUGGUGGUUUGGUUGUAGAGUCAGUUCAGUGUUCAAUUUGUCGGUAGUUAAGGUGAAGUUACACUGUUGUCUAAAUUGAAAUAUAAAGAAGGCAUUCAUCAGAAUAAAUAGAAGGCAAAUAAUGCCACAUGCUUUCAAACGCGCAACGCGCAACUCUAAACUCUACCAAUAGAGUUGGUUACUGUGUUUAUACUUGUGUAGAGUUCUAAAGUUAAGUGUAGAGUUACGUUAGUAGGAUUCUAGAUUACUGACUUACAGCUUAUGGAUAUGGAUCCGAAUUUAGGAAAAUUAAUCACUUUCCAUUGAUACAGUUUUUGGCAGUAACCGGUGUAGAUUUCGGACAUAGUUGCAUAUCGACAUAGUUAUCUUUGCUGUUUGUCUGAUUGUGAUUUUUAUAAAUUAAUAACGCUUGAAUAUUUUAUCAAGCUGUACUUAAUUACGUAUUUCUUCAAGAUAUUGUGUGACAUAAUCGUGUUAUUCGGAAUUCAAAUUCUCAAAGUGAUUUCUGAAAAGUUUAAACGGAUCAUCCAAAAACUUCCCACGUUGGAUGUACAAGGGAUGAACUGCACCAGGAAUACUGAAAGUGAUAUUCGGACCAACUUUAGCAAUAAAAAGGCACUAUGGAAGGGCUAGCAUCGGCUGAUCACUUUGAUAGUAAGGAAGUUUCCCAAGAAAAAGUCAACAAUGUUGAAGAAAAGACCCAGGUGACUAACGAUAAUGAGCCUACAUCUGGCUCUAAACGGAACUACGCUGACGGGCAGCUGAACGCCGAGACCAACGACGAUGACGUUACCAAGAAGAAGAAGAGAAAGGAGGCAGAAGAUAAAGAGCCUGUGGCGAAACCCGCCGCCGCAGCGCGUGGUGGACCUGGACGGACUCCGAGCGGCACGAAGCCGCCCGGGCCGGCGAGCAAGACGGGCGCCGCGCCGCUGGGCAAGAGCGGCGGCAAAGGCUCCUCCAAGACACAAUCCGGAAAGGGCGCCGGAGGAAAAGUAAACAAUCAACUGCAUCAAAAAGGCGGUAAAUCUCAGUCCCAGAACAAACAAGAUAGGAAGAGUCCCGUUCAAAGCCAGAAGUCGGGUCAAGCUAAAGAUACAGGUGAUGGCGAUUCCGAGGAAGUGAAGUCGGAAUCCGGCCCCAAGGUGCCGCCGCUCAAGAUCGUCAUCCCGGGCGGCGCUGGCGGCUCAGGUGGGAGGAAUGAACAGGAAGAAGGUGGUACAGGUCAAAGAGGCAGCGGCAAGGGUCGUGGGGGAGGUACAUUGCCCUACGUCAUCCCCUGCACCACCAACGACGCAGGACAAACAUCUGACAGCUCCGAUGGAAACAGUGAUGAUAAACGACUCAGUGAAUGUGGAAAAACGGGUCAGCGAGUGCUUCGCUCGCACAGGACCAAUGAUGACAAGGAUAAAGGUAGAACAUCACCGCAUGCUGGAGCCGAAACAAGAGGACAAGCUCUCAAUCUAAAUAAGAGCCCACCCCAGGGAUCUGGCAAAAAACAUUUUCAGGAUCAUCAUCACGACCAUCACUCCGGCCGAGAGACAUCGGAGUUGCACCCGAGAAAGCGUAAGAUCAAGACUUCGAAGGACAGCCACCGCGAGUCUAGACACGAGUCAACGCAGGACACCAGCCUCAUACAUGCGGUCACACACUCCAACCCUUACCAGAUGCAUUUACAGAUCCGUAAACAGGUAGAGCAACGUCAAAAGAGCCUGUUCCCAGUAAAGCCGAAGCCGCCGAAGGACUUCCACAAGUAUCUGAUGAACCGCUGCACCUAUACUCUGCAAGGCAAUGUCAACUGUCCAGUUAUCGAGAUACCGCCCAAUCUCGCACCACAAAUGGUAGAGGAAUUCAAACGACAGGAACAAGAAAGGACACACUUACGUAUGCAGCAUCUUGUUGAGAAGGAGAAGUUGGUGUUGUCCGUUGAACAAGAGAUCUUGAGAGUGCAUGGCCGCGCAGAACGCGCUGUCGCCAAUCAGGCUCUGCCGUAUUCAGUUUGCACGGUACUCCGUGACAAGGAGGUAUGCAAUCUGCUGGCACCAGAACAAGAGGAGAAGCGCAACGCCCAGCGCUCCAGAUGUAACGGCCGCCAGAUCAACUCCUGGCUGCAAGAGGUCGAUGAUAAAUGGGAGAAGAUCAAAGAAGUAAUGCUUCGUCGUCAGAAUAUGGAGGCAGAAACAUUGCACGCCUCACAAAUAAUGGAAUGGGAGUGGAAAUUAAAAGAUUCUGGCCUCUGCGAGUUCAAUUCAAACCCAAAGAUAGAGUCUGUACAUGUGCCUCAGAUUCAUGUAUCGAAUUUUGAUUUGCGCGCUUAAUUUUUUUUUUUCAAGUUUAAUUAUGUGUAUUUGCUUGUGUCCGUUUCACCAAUAAGGCGUUUUUAAUACCCAUUAAAGGAUGUGGUUAAUACACCCUGACAA